AAAGUUAAUAAUAUACAAGUUAAGAUUGGAGAGGGGGAAUGGCAUCUUCUUCUGAUCAUCUGAUCUGAACAAAAAAACAACAACAAAAACAUGCAUGCAGCAGGUGGGAUAACUGCUAUUUUUAUUUGCUUUAUAGAUUGAACCAAUAUAAGAAGAAGCUAGGAAGGUGUGAUGCUGAUUAAUUCACUCAAUCGAUGCUGGCUUCUUGCAACCGUAGCCAGAAGAUUUAGUUCUGCAAAUCUGAAAAGUGUCAGCAUGCAGAAAAUUAAUUAUGACAGAUUUGUCAACGCGCUGUCAGCCAGGAGAAAACCCUCUCCAAUUCGAGAACUGACCAAGCUGUACGCAAGUGCUCCUGCUGGCACAAUUUUCCUGGCAGGCGGAAUUCCCAAUGGCUCCACUUUUCCGUUCAGCCAAAUGACUGUGGAAUUGAAAGACGGGUCGUCGUUAAAAAUUAGUGGCAAAACUAUGGAAAAUGCUCUUCAGUACCAACCUACCCCUGGGUACCCUGCUCUUAUACAUCAGCUAAAAAAGUUCCAGUCGGAAGUGCACAAAUUAAAAGAAUUGUUCUGGAUGAAAAAUGACUUGCUUGUUUCAACUGGGAGUCAAGAUGCUCUUUGCAAAGCUUUGGAGAUGAGUCUUGAGGAGGGCGACCCUAUUCUAGUUCAGGAGCCAAUUUACCCUGGAACUUCAGCUAUUAUUAGGCCAUUAAACGCCAAAAUGGUCCCGAUAGCUCAAGACGAAGAAGGAAUAAUUCCGUCUGCAUUGGAAGAUGUUUUAUCGACGUUCGGAACUGCCGAGGAAGUGUCUGCCAAAUCAAACGGAGUGCCAAAACUUUUGUAUUUAAAUUCAACUGGAGCAAAUCCGACUGGUGCCACAAUUUCCACCUUGAGGAAAAAGGAAAUUUACAAAAUCGUCUGCGAGUACAAUCUGGUCAUUAUGGAAGACGACCCUUACUACUUUUUGCAUUUUGAAGAGCAAGACCCUGUCAGUUUCCUUUCAAUGGAUGUUGAAGGUCGAGUGUUGCGGUUUGACUCGUUUUCCAAAAUCUUAAGCUCGGGUCUCCGAAUUGGUUUCGUCACUGGCCCUAAAGAUCUAGUCCAUCGAAUUGAGCUCCACACACAAGCCUCAACCAUGCACACAUCAGCUUUUUCACAAGUAGUUGUGAGUACUCUUUUGGAAGAGUGGGGCUCGGCUAAAUUACAGCAGCAUUUUAAGUCAAUCCAAAAAUUUUACAAAGAUAAAAGGGAUUGCAUGCUGGCAGCUGCAGAUAAACACCUGAAAGGUCUGGCGGAGUGGAACGUACCAAAAGCCGGAAUGUUCCUCUGGAUCAGGGUCCCUGGAAUUGCCGACACAAAGAAGCUGAUCACAGAGGGUGGAAUUUUGCACGGAGUCAUUUUGGUGCCUGGAAAGGACUUUCUUUGCACCGACGAUGCAAAAAGUCAAUACUUUCGGGCAUCAUAUACUGUAGCCUCUCCGCAAGAUAUUGAUAAGGGGUUUGAGAGGCUUGCAAAUUUGAUUCGAGAAGAGAACAAAUGAAUGCAUUCCAUGUGAAGGGCUCUGUUAAUACAUUUUGAUAAACAUGUUAUUUACAUUUUUUAUAUCACUAAUAUAUUAAACAUAAGUGUAUUUUUGUAUGCUGGAAUAAAAAAAAACACCAAUUUUAUUUU